GACAAGUAUAAAUGGCAGAUGAUAUUUUGAUAUUUCUGUCGAAGACUCAUUGACGGUCGCUAUUGUCUUGAAACAUUCAGUCAUCCUACCGCUCGUUUCAAUCACACGCAAAAACUCGCACUCUCAGAUCCGAACUAGAUUGAAACAACAAAGGGAAAAUUUCGUAAGAAACUUUACAUAUCCCAUUCUCGUUAUCAACAUGGUGUCUUUCAAAGUCGACGGAACCCCGAUGGACGAUCCGCCGUCCAAGGGCCCGCGAUCGGCCCCACAAUCGGCGCCAUCCACGGCCUGGUCCGGCCCCCCGGGUAAAGCCAACAUCCUCACCCGCCGAUUCGUCGCUCUACCCCUCAUCGCCCUCCUCUACACCGCCGCCGUGCCAUUCACGCCAGUUGUAUGGGUCCUCAACAUUGAUGGAAGCUCCCUCUUCGACCGCCUCUUCGCCGGCAUCAUUAUGCUGUCGGCCUGCUAUUUCCAAUGGCGCAUCGCAGGGCUGACGUCGCCUCUCGCCGUCUUCCUUCCUGGUCCUAGCAAUACGACUAUUCGGAACGGACGCAUCGAGACCGGCUCGAGCAUGGGAUUUGUGUGGCACCCCAGCAAUUACUGGCCUUAUGUCAUUUGUGAGGCGAUGCUCUUGGGCGUUGCCGAAUUUGGCGGUAACGAGUUGGUGAGACGGGGGAUCGUGUGUGGUAUCAUUGCUGGGCUGUGGCUGGUUGGGUAUCAUGCGACUCCCGAAUCUACAAGACGAUGGGCCUAUGAGAACGUCAAGGGCUGGCUGUUUUGGAUGGUGCUGGAUGAGAUGAUGCGUGUCGGAGGCAGAAGCUACAGCGGACGUCGCCGGAGAUGAGAUGGACAGCUCUAGGUUGAAAAUUUGGCACCUUCAGCAUCAAAUGUAUCGGAUUUAUCCUCCAUAUCACCCCUACCAUGCUACUUGUCUACUAAUAUCCCGAGAAACACAUUCAGUGGACGGCUCAGGUGAAAAGUGGUUAGUUAUAUCGGCGUCAGAAGUUUUGAAGAUAUCUUAGCAGUGGAAUCAUCUCUCGCUCACUUGGCAGAAAAGAUCAAAUCCCUGAGUUGCAUGUACCCAAGAAACAUACAGAUAAAGGGGCUCGCUUUCGGAUGCCGGAAUUCAAGCGGAUGCUUACAUCAGCCAGUUG